AGAAAUUAAUUCUAAUUUCACAAUUUUAUGAAAUGACUUUUUAUUCUCAUUAAAUCUACUAUCUGAAAGAAAAAACUAAGCUUCUUGAAUUCUCAAAAAUUGAUAAGGUUAUUUACAACUACGAGGAAUAAUAACCAUAAAGGCUAGUACAAUAAAUUUAUCGAUUAAACAAUGUUAGUUAACAAUGGAGGAAGUACCACUUCUUUCUGUUCACGAUGAAAGACGCAAAAAGAAGGCUGAAGAGGUGCUUAAGAGUCUCAAAUUUCAUUCAGACAGCCUCAGUGAUGAUCUCUCAGACGAUUCUAAAUCCGACUGUAGUAAAUUGUCAGAUCCCUUCUCAGACAUGGAAGAGAAAAUCACCCCUCAAGACAACGGAAAGAGGAGAAUGACCAAAAUAGAAGCCGAUAUCAUGCUAAUGUCCAGUUUUACGCCUAAUUUCAUGUCAAUCCAGAGGGAAAUGCUAGAAAAAUUACCACCUGACUCUGCAAUUUGCGCAGAUUUUGCAACACAUCGCAAUUAUACGUAUUUAGACCGAAGGCAACCAAAGGAAUGUGAUGAACAAAUAAAGCUUAAAAUUCAGGAAAUGCUCACAUCGUGUGGGAUAAAAUCACCCGUAAUCAGUCGUGCUUCGGAAUCGCCCGAUAAGCCAACAUCAACGGCUGCACCCUCACCUCUAGAUAUGUACAAUCAAAUGCAAGGGAAAUCCCCUUUGAGUGAUGCUGACAAUAAUUCCUUAUCAGCUGUCUGGCGGAUGUUAGAGGCACAAUCUGUGGAAAAUGGCUUUCCGGUCACACCUUUUGGUUAUAACGUUUUCGAGGACAAACGAUUGGAAUGGAUGACCAGAAGGGAUUCAUCGUGGAAUGACAGAGAACAAGUUAGGGAGAAAUGUGAGAACUGGUUAAAGAACAUAGAAUAAUAAAAAAAAAAUGGAAUCAGACCUAUUUAGAAAAAAAUAUUGGGGAUGAUGAUUACUACGGGGGGUCAUCGAAAAUCAGAAGUUGAUAUAUCUUACCGCUUGGGCUCCACGUAGAUGACAACUGGAAAUAUAUUUGGAUUCUCGCGUUCCUUUUAAUUUCGAGCAAAAGAGAAU